GUGUGAUUCACCCGGCGCUAGCAGGUAGUUUAUUGCAAACUACUUGACCAAAUUUUCGCGAGUGAUUAACUGUAUAUUUGCUGGUUGUUUGUUUGUUUUGCUCCGAAUUUCACUUUCUAUGCAUUUAUCGUUAUUCUUUUCGACAAAAUCGCAAAACCUGCCGCGCGCACCAUCAACCAGUUGCAUCACGCAUCUUCUUCGAUGCGGAAUUGAUAGGAAUCGAUGCUAUAGUGUGAGGGGUUAAUCAAAUUGUUCGUUAAUUUUAGGCAGUUGGAAAAUGGAGAAGUAACGAACAUCGGUGUCUGCUCGUGACGCCACACCGUGAUCAUACUGCAGAUCAAUAAACCCGCGCUGCAUGGAAAAGAAACGUUACCAAAUUGGUGCACUUUCCCCCCAAAAUCAAGCCGAAACAGUGAUCCGUGAACCGUGUUGAUAGUGGAACAGUUACUUCAGUGUAGUUUUGGGAUAACAAAUGUGAUUUUGACAAAGUGAAUGCAGACUUGAGUGUAUUUUCGAUUAUCGAAUUAUCGAAAGCAGCUCAUUUGAAGGGAAUUCAGUGCAGUGCAGAAGCAAAACCUAAUAAUAAUUACGGAGCCAACUAUAUUCAGCGGUAAAACGGCGCUUAACGAAACACCACGAUAAGGCAACAUGGUUUCGACCCGAUUCGAAGUAUCUAGCUCACCGCCUGUUCGGUACCCAAAAUCAAUUUUUUUCAUAAUCAGCAACGAAUUCAGCGAGCGUUUCAACUACUAUGGCAUGCGAACUGUGCUGGCGCUCUACCUCACCCAGAAGCUCAACUACGAUGACGACACAGCCACCGUAAUAUAUCACAUCUUUACCAGUUUAGCAUACUUCUUUCCGUUGAUGGGUGCCAUUCUAGCCGACAGUUGGCUGGGCAAAUUCAAAACGAUCCUCUACCUUUCGAUGGUGUACUGCGUUGGAAGCACGGUGAUAGCGCUGGGUGCCAUACCGCCGCUCAACUUACCGGCCACGUCAAUGACCGUGCUGGGACUGCUGUUCAUAGCCGUUGGGUCCGGCGGUAUCAAACCCUGCGUUUCGGCAUUCGGUGGAGAUCAAUUCAAAAUACCGGAGCAAGCAGUUCAACUGGCGAAAUUUUUCUCGCUGUUUUACUUUGCAAUUAAUGCUGGUUCGCUUAUCUCCACGACGUUAACUCCUAUCUUGCGUGAGGAUGUGCAUUGCUUCGAUGAUCCUGACUGUUUCUCUCUGGCAUUUGGCGUGCCUGCGCUUCUGAUGAUUCUCUCGAUCAUUGUGUUCGUCUGCGGGAAAGCUAUGUACACGAUCAACAAACCGGCUGGCAAUAUGGUAGUUCUGGUUUUCAAAUGCAUUGGAAAUGCUCUGUCAACGAAGGUAAAAGAGCGUGACAUAAAUCCACGAAGUCACUGGCUGGACUACGCCGAAGCGAAAUAUGGAAGGCAGAUAGUGGCUGAUAUCAAAUCGCUUAUGAAAAUUCUAAUCCUAUACAUUCCACUGCCCGUGUUUUGGGCUUUAUUCGAUCAGCAAGGAUCGCGAUGGACUUUCCAAGCGACGAGAAUGAGUGGCGAAAUCGGAGCGUUUACUAUUAAGCCAGAUCAGAUGCAGGUCAUCAAUCCACUGCUAAUCCUUGCAUUUAUACCGUUCUUCGAAGGAUUAGUUUACCCCGUGCUGGAAAAAGUAGGUAUUAAAACCCCGCUCCAGAAACUCUCAUUCGGAGGUUUAUUGGCGGGAGCAGCAUUUGUUUUGUCGGGUUUCGUUGAGAUUGCUUUGGAUAAAACCAAUGCGAUUGUACCGAUGCCAACGGAGUCUCAAUUGCGCAUUUACAACGGUCUUCCGUGUGAUUAUCACUUUAAAAGUGAUAUACCCGAUUUCAACAAUUUCACCGUGCAAUCACUCGGAGCGUUCGAGGCUAUUCAUGUGUCCACGGAGUCGAACACAACUUUUCGCUUCACAGCAGAAACCACGGAAGCUUUCUGUCUGAAGGCUAACAUGUCAAAUGUGUCUGGAACAUUUUAUCUGAAUCCUGGACACGCAGUUAGCUACUUUAUCAACCAGAAAGGUAACAAAGUAAAUCUGGUUGAAUAUACUGACUCGACGGAAAAAGAUAAACGAGGGUUGCCUAGAGUGAGGAUUUUGCCAAAUAUUAAAACCACUAAAAGAAUAAUGAUGAAAAACACGAUGAUAACUGAUGCGCAAUAUAAUGUUUCGUUAAGCAACUCCGAUCAACUCACCGUUGCCGAUGGAGAGUAUGACCUGUACAACGAUAAUGGAACUAGAAAAAUUGCUUCUGUCAAGUUGGAUCUGGGAGGAGUUUACACAAUUGUAUUGCAUGAAGUUUUGGAGAACGAAUUUACACUUCAAAGACACAUCGUAACUCCUCCAAAUUCCCUGCACAUGCUCUGGCUGGUUCCCCAGUACGUAGUCAUCACUGCAGGCGAGGUGAUGUUCUCAAUUACUGGCCUGCAGUUUUCCUACUCGCAAGCACCGGAAAGCAUGAAGUCAGUCAUCCAGGCGUUCUGGUUACUAACGGUUGCCAUCGGUAAUAUGUUGGUCGUAUUCAUAGCUGAGGCUAAGUUUGUCCAGUCCCAGUCGAUCGAGUUCUUCCUGUUUGCGGUGCUAAUGUUCCUUGAUAUGGCUCUCUUUAUGGUACUGGCAAUGAAAUACAAAUACAGUGAACACAUGGAGGACGACAUCGAAACCGGCGAUAGCAAAGAACUACCGGAUAACAACAUGCUAGAGGAUGUUCCUUCCAAACUGGAUCAAGGCCCACUGGAGAAAGGUCUGCCUACCAUUAAGGCAACUUACACAAACGAAGCGUACCGAGAAGACUGAAUGUUAUUUGUAUAUUUAAAUUUCGAAACGAAUUUACCAUUAUGUUAAAUUUAAUUUUUAAUUCAUUCUUUGCUGUUUAUUUUUCUUUGUUUUUUGAAUGCAAAUUUUCUGUCAAAUAAUUUCUUUAGAUCAAAGAAAAC